CUGUAAACAUUGCUGUCGUUGGUGUGAGGAACGACCGCCAUUGUUAAAAUGUCGACAGCGCCAACCAAAGAAGAAAACGAAGAACCUCAAGAAGAACAGAAAAACGAGCAAGGAGAUGAAAAAACAACUUUAGAAGAAGAUUAUUCUGUUCCGUUCAAACCUUUGGUUACUUUAGACGAAGUGCAGGUGACGACGGGCGAAGAAGAGGAAGACGUUUUGUACAAGAAUCGAGCUAAAUUGUUUCGAUUUGACAAGCAAGGCUCUCAAUGGAAAGAGAGGGGUACUGGAGACUUGAAAAUAUUGCAACACAAGGACACCAAGAAAAUACGUUUGCUGAUGCGUCGAGAGAAAACCUUAAAGAUAUGUCUUAACCAUUAUGUCAAUCCUAGUAUUCAACUAGAAGAAAAUGUCGGGAGUGAUAGGUCUUGGGUAUGGAACGCUAUAGACUAUGCAGAUGAGGUGGCAGAUGAGUGUGUUUUAGCGGUACGUUUUCCGAACUCGGAGCAGGCAAAGAAGUUUAAGCAAGCAUAUGAUGAUGCUAGAAGUGCCUUGGAGAAAAUCACGGAAGUGUCUUUGAACUCAUCACAAGAGAAAGAGAAGGAAGAAACUCAAACCAAGAAGGAAAAAUAAACUUGAAUAUUUUUCGUUUACUGCAGUUCUGG